CAGGUGAGUUAGUUUCCAAAUACACUGUCGGCGUGGGACACCAACCAGAGUAUUAAACUGCUUGGCUUGCUUUUACUCUCCGUCAACCGUGUUUUGUGUGCGUGUGUGUGUGUGUGUGUGUGUGUGUGUGUGAGAGUAAGUAAGUAAGUAAGUAAGUGGGUGUCGCUGUGCACUCGCUCGAGCGCUACACAAUGAUCACACAAGACAAGGAAGCCGUAGGAGACGGCAGCGGUUCCGCGGAAGCACCAUCAAUCUACUAAAGUCCUGUUUGCGCUCGUUUUGUUUCAGACUUCCGGUUGGACUAGGCUCGUGCCAGACAAGAUCUUGGUGGAUAACAAUGUGUCAGGGUUUAAUCUGUGUGCGCGCGCCGCGGUCUACUGAGCCGCCGCGGUCCCGUUGAUCUAUGGAGGGCACGAGCACCGAGCCAAAUCCGCUACCCGAGACCCCGCUGUGUGAGACAUGGUGACAGAUGAACAUCGCGGGAAGGACCAUGGCUGAGCGGGCCAGCAAAUUCGUGCUGAUCGUCGUUGGCUCCGUGUUCUUCAUGCUCAUUUUGUACCAGUACGUAGCGCCCGGUGCGAUCAACUUCGGCUCGCCGGCGCAUGGCUACCUCACCGAGGAGGACAUGACGAUCUUCCCCACGCCGGAUCCGCACUAUGUGAAAAAGUACUACUUCCCGGUGAGGGACUUGGAGCGCAGUGUGGACUUCGAGAUCAAGGGCGAGGACGUGAUCGUGUUCCUGCACAUCCAGAAAACAGGCGGCACUACAUUCGGACGGCACCUGGUACAAAACGUGCGGUUGGAGGUACCGUGCGACUGCAGGCCGGGCCAGAAAAAGUGCACUUGUUACCGGCCGAACCGCAAGGAGACUUGGCUCUUCUCGCGCUUUUCUACCGGUUGGAGCUGCGGCUUGCACGCGGACUGGACCGAGCUGACCAACUGCGUGCCCGGAGUCCUCAACAGGAAGGAGAGCAAAACAAAGAAACUGAGGAAGUUCUACUAUAUCACGCUUCUUCGGGACCCAGUGUCAAGAUAUCUAAGUGAGUGGCGCCAUGUGCAACGAGGCGCCACAUGGAAGACGUCACUGCACAUGUGUGACGGCCGCACACCGACACCCGACGAGCUUCCCGUCUGUUACGAUGGUGCGGACUGGUCAGGCUGCACCCUUCAGCAGUUCAUGGAGUGCCCAUACAACCUGGCCAACAACCGGCAGGUGCGCAUGUUGGCUGAUCUGAGCCUGGUAGGUUGCUACAAUGCAUCCACGCUGCCUGAGAAGCAGCGUGCCCGUCUCCUACUCGAGUCAGCUAAGAAGAACCUGCGUGACAUGGCCUUCUUUGGGCUGACAGAGUUUCAGCGCAAAACACAGUACCUGUUUGAGCGCACCUUCCGUCUCCGCUUCAUACGGCCAUUUGUACAGUACAACAGUACACGUGCUGCUGGUGUUGACCUUGACGAGAGCAACGUGCGACGCAUUGAGGAGCUCAAUGAGCUCGACAUGCAACUCUAUGACUACGCAAAGGACCUGUUCCUUCAGCGGUACCAGUACACACACAUGCUGGAGAGGCGUGAGCAAAGAAUGAUGCUCCGAAAUAGAGGCUCUUUCCACAGCCUGGCACGGGAGGAGGGUGCAGGGGGAGAGGGCACUGCUCGGCUGCCCACUGAGGAUUACAUGAACCAGAUUGUUAGUGGAUGGUAGCCCAGGAGAUCUCUCUUUAAAAAGAAAGAGAGUCACAAAGACAGACAAUGGGUGGAUAAUCCAUUUUUUCUCCAACCUUUGGACAUACAAAGUGGUUAUCAUGGACUCCUUUCCCCAGCAAUCUUUAAAGAAUAAGAUGCAACAGAAAACAGGCAAAGAUAGUGAGUGGUGGAUGUGGCCUUUUCCGAGAGAAGGGAGCAUUAUGGGCAUUCUCUUUCUCUCUCUCUCUCUCUCUCUCUCUUCCCCAGGAAUCUUUAAAGAGAGAGGUGCAUAAUGAGAGAAUUGAGAAAUGGUGGGUGAAGGAACCAUAUCUGUUUCAGCUCAUGUAGAAAGAUAGGGAUCAUUAUGGACCCUUUCUCUUGUUUCUCCCAGAAAUCUUUGAAAAGACAGAAACAUGCAGCGGCAGAGAAAUGGCAAAGAUCAUGGGCAGAGGAGUCAUCUCUUCCUCUGCUCACAGAUAGAGAGCGAUCACUGCAAGCGCUCUGUCUUUCCUCCACAAAUAAGGUGGUUUGGGCCAGACCUACAAGAGAUGGUAGUUAUUAAGGUGACUAGGGCUUUAGAGUGCAUCUUUCCAGAUGGGUGAGCACGUAUCCCCAUCCCCUCCAUAAAGCCCAGACUUAAAUGACAAAUUGUACAUGCUUAAUACAAUGAAACCAGUAAAGCGUUGUUCCAAUGAGCUGCAACACAAUUCUACAAAGCUUAAUUUUGUAUAAGAAUGGGGGGGGAAAUGUGAAUAAAAUCACUUGUCUUAGGAAAGUCAUCCAAAUAUCGGGGAUAUUUAGAAUGUUUUAUAUUCUGUGCAUAAAUCUUAAGUCUCUCCUUUUUUUUUUGGUAAACUGAUGUGAAGUGCAGAGACUGGAAAUUUCCACAUGAGACCGAGUUUGUGUUAAGAGAGAUAUAUGUGUUAAUAUAUAAUACAGACAUGGCAUUGUUUUUCCAGCAUAUGUUUCUACCAUUGUAUGUGCUGACUGUGUGAGUGCUCAGCCUCUCUGGUUAUUUGAUUCAUCAGUUAAAUGAAGACGUUCUUGGCAAGACAUGUUCACAUAGAAAUAAGGUAGUGUCAUUUGUUCCAUCUACAAUCUCAUCUGCUUGUAAGAAUAGUGCGAGAAAAUAGGAUAACAAACACAAUACUUCUUUCUUGGAAAAGCAUGAAGUUCUGCUUUAAACCUGCACAAGUGUGUGAGUGAAAGUGUGUGACUGACCUAUAGUUGUGUCCCUGUGUGCAUGUAUGUGUGCGUGUUGAUGGCUUUGUUUUUUUUUUUCUUUUCUUUUCUGUUAAAUAACAGUGCAUUCAACAUGAACAAUCCAGUCUCUCAGUCCCUGCAAUUUGGCUUUAUCAUAAAGACUCCACACUACAGACCCUCUCACAUUCCAUGCAUUCAAACUGUAAUAACAGUAAAACAAUUGGAGCCUGUGCAGCAACGUGACAUCCUGAGAAACGUCCCUGUCAAUCCUCCAUGAAAGCAUACUUACCCUAAGUAAUAAGAAAGUGUGGAAAUAUGUAGCGUGCGUAUGUAUGUACAGUUCUAUAUUUGUGUGAGAGGGCAUCUUAAUAUGAGGCAUUUCAAAUGUCUCCCCUUUUGUUUUCCAUUCAUAUUCUAUAUUGUUGUACUGUAUUAGUACUUCUGUUAUGCUAAAUUGAUCUUAAAGUUACCAAUAAAAACAAAAAUUCUUUUUUUUUUUU